UAAUUCCACGCGGACGGAGUCGCGGGCGAAAGCUAGUCUAUAAUAUUUCAUCCAAAGACAGUGUAACUAGCUAGUAUGUAUGUUAUUUAUAUACAAUUUCGUUAUCAAACCGCCAAAUAUGAGUUAAUUGACUUUCAGUUUUAUAAUAUACUGACGUAGAGUGUAAACUGUAUUUAUUACAUAUUGAAUUUAUUAUCGGCAAAACGGGAAAAUCCAAGUUCAGUGACGUAGCCAUUGACAAGAGGAAACCAACGCACGUUUGUUAGUUUGCGUUCCAUCUUCGGGGUGGUGACAAUCUAUCCAGUUUAUAAAUAAUUUUAAUUAUUACAUGUGUAAAAUUAAAUGUGAUCGCAAUGAAGCUGUCCACCCCCCAUCAUACGGUCUUGCGCCAAAACUGGAAGAAACGUUACGUAGAUAGAAUGGACGCGAUUUGUAUCGCGGACCCGGCGUUCGAUGCGCCCCCGGUGAGCGGCAUGCCGCGGCCAGCGCACGCCGCGCCCGUCGUGUCCGCCGCGCCCACACCGCACACCAUGCCUGCGCACGGACACCCCGCUGCGCUCGCGCCCACCGCACCCACCGUGCGCAUUGUGGAGCAACCCGCCAGCAAAGCACUCAGGUUUCGUUAUGAGUGCGAAGGCCGGUCCGCGGGCUCGAUCCCCGGCGUGAACAGCACCAGCGAACGUAAGACGUACCCUACCAUUGAGAUCUCCGGCUGCACAGGCAAUGCUAUCGUUGUCGUCUCCUGCGUCACCAAGGACCACCCCUACAAACCGCACCCCCACAACCUGGUGGGUCGGGAGCGGUGCGAGCGCGGCGUGUGCACGGUGAAGGCGGAGCUGAGCGGCGACAGCACGCUCGUCUCCUUCAGCAACCUCGGCAUACAGUGCGUCAAGCGCAAGGAUGUCGACACCGCGCUGCGCACGCGCGAGGAACUGCGCGUCGACCCAUUUAAAACGGGGUUCAGCCACCGCGGGCAGCCGCAGAGCAUCGACCUGAACGCGGUGCGGCUCUGCUUCCAAGUGUUCGUGACGGGGGAGCGCGGCAAGGUGCGCCUCGCGCUGGCGCCCGCCGUCUCCGACGUCAUCUACGACAAGAAGGCCAUGAGCGACCUGCACAUCGCGCGCGUCUCGCACUGCGCCGGCCCCGCCGCCGGCCGCAUGACCAUGAUACUGCUCUGCGAGAAGGUGACGGGGCAGGACACCGCGGUGGUAUUCUUCGAGAAGAAGAACGAGAAGGUGGUGUGGGAGGCGGCGGCCACCAACGUGCACGUGCACAAGCAGGCCGCCAUCGCUUUCGACAUCCCGCCCUACCAGGACCCCACGCCGCGAGAUAACGUCAAGGUACCGCCGCACUAGCGACACUUGCGACACUAGCGACACUUGCGACACUAGCGACACUAGCGACACUUGCGACACUAGCGACACUUGCGACACUAGCGACACUGACUGCUGCACUAGUGGCACUUGCGACACUGCUUGCGGCACUAGCGACACUUGCGAUACUAGCCACACUUGCGACAUUAGCCUCACUAGAUGCCGCUCUAGCGACACUAGCCACACUAGUAGCACUUGCAGUGCUGGCUGUGACACUAGCGUCACUAGCGCGACACUAGCAGUCUAGCCGAAGCACUAGCUAAGGCAUUAGUGCCAUUGGCUCCGAAACCAACACACAACCUUUGUCAUUUAUCGUGAUGCCAGCGGCAUUUGCGACAUUUGCUGGAACAUAACGACACUAGCGACACUGGAGUCACCGAAUCAAUAACAAUAGUAUCUUUGGUAUGACGAUGCGAUUUGUUUGUAAUGUUAAAAUCUGUUUGUCAUGUUAUUACAAACAUGUAGUGCAAUAUGAUAGUAAUC